GCGGGCGGGCUCCGCGGCCCCACUCGCAGCGCCGGCCUCCGGGCGCGGGGAGGAGCCGGGGGAGGGCUGUCAAAUUCGGGAGCCGGAUUCUCCCUGCCCCCGGCCAUCCCUUCCGCUUCCCCGGGCCCGGCGAGCCCUCCGCGGGCCGGGAGGAUGGCGGUGCUCAAACUCAGCGACCAGCCGCCGCUGGUCCAGGCCAUCUUCAGCGGCGACCCGGAGGAGAUCCGGAUGCUUAUCCACAAGACGGAGGACGUGAACGCUCUGGACUCGGAGAAGCGCACUCCGCUGCACGUGGCCGCGUUCCUGGGCGAUGCCGAGAUCAUCGAGCUGCUGAUUCUCUCAGGGGCGCGUGUGAAUGCCAAGGACAACAUGUGGCUGACCCCGCUGCACCGGGCCGUGGCCUCCAGGAGUGAGGAGGCGGUGCAAGUCUUGAUUAAGCACUCGGCUGACGUCAACGCGAGGGACAAGAACUGGCAGACCCCACUGCACGUGGCGGCUGCCAACAAGGCCGUGAGGUGUGCGGAGGUGAUCAUCCCCCUGCUGAGCAGUGUCAAUGUUUCCGACCGGGGCGGCCGCACGGCCCUGCACCACGCUGCCCUCAACGGCCACGUGGAGAUGGUCAACCUCCUCCUGGCCAAAGGGGCGAACAUCAACGCCUUUGACAAGAAGGACCGGCGGGCCUUGCACUGGGCAGCGUACAUGGGCCACCAGGACGUGGUGGAGCUGCUCAUGGACCACGGCGCAGAAGCGACCUGCAAGGACAAGAAGGGCUACACCCCCCUGCAUGCCGCGGCCUCCAACGGACAGAUCAACGUUGUCAAACAUCUCCUCAACCUGGGGGUAGAGAUAGAUGAAAUCAACGUGUAUGGGAACACGGCGCUGCACCUGGCCUGCUACAAUGGGCAGGAUGCCGUAGUCAACGAGCUGACCGACUACGGUGCUAAUGUGAACCAGCCCAACAACAGUGGCUUCACCCCGCUGCAUUUUGCUGCUGCCUCCACACACGGUGCUUUGUGUCUUGAGCUGUUAGUCAACAAUGGGGCGGAUGUUAACAUCCAGAGUAAAGAUGGCAAAAGUCCCCUGCACAUGACAGCGGUCCACGGCAGGUUCACACGCUCGCAGACCCUCAUCCAGAACGGAGGAGAAAUUGACUGUGUGGAUAAGGAUGGCAACACUCCUCUCCAUGUGGCUGCAAGAUACGGCCAUGAGCUUUUGAUUAACACCCUAAUCACCAGCGGAGCGGACACAGCCAAGUGUGGGAUCCAUAGCAUGUUCCCCUUACACUUAGCUGCCCUGAACGCGCACUCCGACUGCUGCCGGAAGCUGUUGUCGUCGGGACAAAAGCAUAGCAUAGUGUCCUUGUUUAGUAAUGAGCACGUGCUGUCUGCAGGCUUUGGCAUAGACACCCCAGAUAAGUUUGGAAGAACGUGCCUUCACGCCGCUGCUGCAGGAGGUAACGUGGAGUGUAUAAAACUCUUGCAGAGCAGUGGAGCGGAUUUCCACAAAAAGGACAAGUGUGGGAGGACCCCUCUGCACUAUGCCGCUGCCAACUGCCACUUCCACUGCAUCGAGGCCCUGGUGACCACGGGGGCCAACGUGAACGAGACCGACGACUGGGGCCGGACAGCUCUGCACUACGCGGCGGCUUCCGACAUGGACAGAAAUAAGACCACCCUAGGAAACGCCCACGAAAACUCAGAGGAACUCGAGAGAGCCCGCGACGUGAAGGAGAAGGAGGCUGCUCUAUGCCUUGAGUUUCUGCUUCAAAAUGACGCCAACCCAGCUCUCCGGGACAAGGAAGGUUACAAUAGCAUCCACUACGCGGCUGCCUACGGCCACAGGCAGUGCCUGGAAUUGCUUUUGGAAAGAACCAACGGCGGUUUUGAAGAGUCAGAUCCGGGUGGUACCAAGAGUCCGCUCCACUUGGCUGCCUACAACGGGCACCACCAGGCCCUGGAGGUGCUCCUGCAGUCCCUGGUGGACCUGGACAUCCGGGACGAGAAGGGCCGCACCGCGCUGGACCUGGCUGCCUUCAGGGGCCACACGGAAUGUGUGGAAGCGCUCAUCAACCAGGGCGCGUCCAUUUUCGUGAAAGACGACGUCACCAAAAGGACCCCUCUGCACGCCUCAGUGAUUAAUGGCCACACCCUGUGUCUGCGGCUGUUACUAGAAAUCGCAGACAACCCGGAAGUGGUUAACGUGAAAGAUGCCAAAGGACAAACUCCACUGAUGCUGGCAGUGGCAUAUGGACACAUUGAUGCUGUUUCGUUGUUACUUGAAAAGGAAGCGAAUGUGGAUGCUGUUGACAUCAUGGGGUGCACAGCUCUGCACAGAGGGAUCAUGUCGGGCCACGAGGAAUGUGUGCAAAUGCUGCUGGAGGAAGAGGUCUCUAUCCUCUGCAAAGACGCCAGAGGGAGGACCCCCUUGCACUACGCGGCGGCCCGCGGCCACGCCACGUGGCUGAGCGAGCUGCUGCAGAUGGCCCUAUCGGAGGAAGACUGCUCUUUCAAGGACAACCAGGGCUACACGCCGCUGCACUGGGCCUGUUACAAUGGUAAUGAAAACUGCAUAGAGGUACUUCUGGAGCAGAAAUGUUUUCGCGAAUUUAUCGGCAAUCCCUUCACUCCACUGCACUGUGCUAUAAUCAAUGCCCAUGAGAACUGUGCAUCGCUGCUCCUGGGGGCCAUAGAUUCCAGUAUUGUCAACUGCAGAGACGACAAAGGCAGGACGCCGCUGCACGCCGCGGCCUUCGCCGACCACGUGGAGUGCCUGCAGCUCCUGCUGAGACACAGCGCCCAGGUGAACGCGGCCGACGACGCGGGCCGCACGGCGCUGAUGAUGGCCGCGGAGAACGGGCAGGCGGGCGCCGUGGACUUUCUGGUGAACAGCGCCCAGGCUGACCUGUCUGUGAAGGACAAGGACUUGAACACACCCUUGCACUUGGCGUGCAGUAAAGGUCAUGAAAAAUGUGCCUUGUUAAUACUUGACAAGAUACAAGACGAGAGCCUUAUUAAUGCCAAAAACAAUGCACUGCAGACGCCCCUGCACGUGGCUGCGCGCAAUGGCCUGAAGGCCGUGGUGGAGGAGCUGCUGGCCAAAGGGGCCUGUGUCCUCGCUGUCGAUGAGAAUGGUAUUGGAAUUAGCAGCUCAUGCCCAUUGCUCAGAAGUCAUACCCCGGCCCUGGCUUGCGCUCCUAACAAAGACGUGGCUGACUGCCUGGCCCUCAUUUUGGCUACCAUGAUGCCUUUUUCUCCUUCCAGUACCAUGACGGCUGUCAACUUGGUUUGUUUUAAAAAAGACAAUUUGAACAGGACGACCCUCUCCAGCCUGGGUAGCAUGGUCAGCCUGUGCAGUAACAACGUAGGCUCGGAGGACGGGUACAAUGAGAAUGACUCUGACUCGGAAACCUUUUGACCUUGGACUGUAGACCUUCUCCCUUUAUCGGCCAUGUUGGAGGAAGGGGAAGAAGCUCGGAUUCCGGGUUUAGGGCACGUUCCAGUGUGACUGUGGACCCAGGCCACCAGGCGACAGUAGAGAAGGGAUUCCUUCAGCAAACUGAGGGAGGCCAAGCGCUCACACGGGUGGGCCUCGCUUUUGAUUUGUCUCCUGUUUUCCUUAAGAUACUUCUGUGAUACAAUAAGAUACCUCUCAUUGUAAGGAAGGAAUUUUAAAAAAUGCAUAGACUUCUUUUUCUUUGGGGAUAAUGCCCUGAGACGGAACUGUUGUCCUUUAUAAAGUGUGGGGGUUUUUUGUUGUUGUUGUUGUUCACAUACUCACUUAGCAGUGAGUUGUCAGAAGAGUAUGUCUGGGACAUGCAUGUCCCCAGGAAGGGAGAGGCGGGGCAGAUAGGAAAAGCCUCCACCUCCUCUCCCUUGGCUGUUUACGCCCUCACUAGAGCCCAAGGGCAAAGUGUCCCUCUCCGGAAAUCAUGCCUGUAGUCCCCUUUCUAAGGGAGCCCGAUGACCCGUGUCCUCCCGAGGGUAAGCCCUUCAGCAGCCAGGACUGCUUCCUGAGGCUGUUGGUUGAAGCUGCCAGAUGAAGGAGAAAAACUCAUUGCAAACCGGACUUGCUUGUUUUUUCCUUUAACACAAGCACGGCACCCACCGCUCCUCAUAGCAAGCCUGUGACUUCUUUCCCCCUGGGCGGUGGAAUCCGGGGCUGUCUGUGACCCUUCCCGGGAAGGUCAGAUGGCACCCACACCCGGAGGCCCGUGCAAGUUUGCUAUGGCACUGCGCUUCCUGAUGCGUCCUUAGACAGAACAGUGAGCUCUAAAGAGCAUCAGGGCCGUCGGCCUCGUUCACCGAUAGUAAAAUGUCCCAGGAGCUUCUCAGUUAAAGGGGUGCCAAAGGAGGGCACGUGUGGCUGCAGAAGGGGACAGAGAGAGGCAGAGCAGGCGGCAGGAGCGGGGGGGUGAGGAGAGGAAAGCCCGUUGGUAGCUGCUUGCUGAUUAAAUCAACCUGGUGAACCCUGUGUCUGCUCCCUCUGCCAAAGCCUCUAGGUCCAACGGACCCCGGCCCGCCCCGGGAAUAGCCGCACAGAAAGAAGAAUGAGACUCUUCCCGAACCACUCGCACACACACGUGCACACAUGUGUAUAUAGUUAUGUUUGUAUCCCAGCAACCAGCUCUACCAGAGGACCAAAACGCUUCCGUCAAAGAAUGGAAGACUUUUAACUGGCUUUUCUUCGACGUGACAGUGAGAACUGAAGUAGCUUUUCUAUGGAGUUAACAUGGAAUCUUUUUGCGUACGAGUCUUUGUUGUAUUUUAUAUUUCUUAUGACAGAGGUUUCCGUUGGAUGUCUUACCAUUUGUAACGGAUGAUGUGUUGACCACGGCGUAUUUUUUGCCAGAGAAAAUGUUCGUAUACUUUUGAUGUAAAUGUGUUUAUAUUUAUUUGAAAUGAAACAAAUGCCUAGGGAGCGUCCUCUGUUUGUUCUCCCUUUUCAUGGCUGUGUGUCUUACC